CUGGUUUUUUUCGUCUUUUCCUACCCCUUCUCUCUCUCUCUCUCUCUCUCUCUCUCAUCGAGCUCCGAUUUCUCUCUCUAAAACUCUCUCUCUCUCUCUCUCUGUGUUUUAAUCUCUGCUCACUAGUUCAUAUAGUCUUCGAAUCAAUCAUUGAUAACUACUCGAAAAACCACCAUUGAAGAAAAGGUUUCAAUGCGAUCAAGCAUUCUGGUGAUAUGCACGAAGGUUUCUCCGAAAGGCAAGGUAGGGAUAGGUUUUCCUCAUCUACUUUCUGAACUCAAACUAGAAUUGUUUUUGUUUCGCCAAACAGAGCACAGAACAAGAAGCUUUUUUCUUUUUUUUUUUGUUUGCUUUUUUUGGUUGCAGUGGUUGCGGAGAUAAGUCGCCAUUAGAGGCCUGCUAAUGGUGCUCUAUAGUUUUUUUUCCUGAAGAUUCAUGCUAAUGAUAUGAAGAGAAACUGAAGAGUAUCAAUUUCUCGUGGUAUUUUCGAGAUGGAUUCAGUUGAUCCGACAGUGGUGACUCCAAGUAAAGGCAGAUUGGUGCGCACUUUUGCUAAGGUUUUGCAUAUUCGAGCUGUGACUGGUAUUGCCCCUGUUGGUGGAAUUCAGAAAACUAAUAAUUCUCAAGAAAAGGUCAAGUAUGAUAAUUGCAUGAGCAAUAAUAGGUCUCAGUCCUUUGACGAUGACGAUGUAAAGCUCUGGAACAGAGUGGCCACAGAAGCUUUUUUGGCUAAAUUGUUUGCCAGCAUUUCAGCCAUGAAAGCAGCAUAUGCCCAGUUACAGGUCGCUCAGUCUCCUUAUGAUGCUGAUGGGAUUCAAGCUGCUGAUCAGAUGGUGGUCUCGGAGUUGAAGAAUUUAUCUGAAUUGAAACAGUACUAUCUGAAGAAACAGUUUGAUGAGUUUCCUCCCGAAGCUACACUGCUUUUGGCUGAACUCCUGGAGCAGAAGAGUCUUCUGAAAACCUAUGAAAUUAUGGGGAAGAAGCUGGACUCUCAGCUUCAGCUCAAGAACUCGGAAAUUACAUUUCUUAAAGAGAAGUUGGAGGAAACCAAUAAAGAGAACAAAUUGCUUGAGAAGAGAUUGAAUGCAAGUGGGUUGUUAUCAGUUCCAGAGAAACUUCACUUGUCAGGCUUGAGCCCCAACCAUUUCAUUUCUGUUCUUCGGCAGACAAUUAAAUCUAUUCGGCAAUUUGUUAAAUUGAUGAUCAAUGAGAUGGAGUUGGCUGGGUGGGAUUUAGAUGAAGCAGCCAAAGCAAUUUUACCAGGUGUUGGUUAUUGGAACACAAGCCUCGGAAGUUUAGCAUUUGAGUCCUUUGUCUGCCUUGAAAUGUUUGAUGGUUUCAAUUACCCGAACUUCUCUUUUUCAAACAAGUCUUUGCUUGAUCAGCAGAAGCGGCAACAGCUCUUCUUUGACAGAUUCACGGAUUUGAAAUCCUUGAAAACAAGGGCGUACCUUAUCCGGAAACCGAAAUCAACAUUUGCAAGAUUUUGCUUUGCCAAGUACCUGCAAAUUGUUCAUCCCAAGAUGGAAACAUCUCUUUUUGGCAACUUAAAUCAGAGAAAUCUAAUAAAUUCUGGUCAAUACCCUGAAACUACGUUCUUCACCUCGUUUGCUGAAAUGGCAAAGCGGGUUUGGCUCCUGCAUUGUUUGGCCUUUUCGUACGAGCCUGAAGCCUCGAUCUUUCAAGUGGGCAAGAGGUGUCGAUUUUCAGAAGUGUACAUGGAAAGUGUGAGCGAAGAAGCCUUCUUGUCAUCGGAUGGCACAAUGAAAGCCGACCCACUGGUGGCGUUCACGGUGGUUCCGGGGUUCAGGAUUGGUAAAACUGUAAUUCAGUGUCAGGUGUGCCUCGCUUGAUCUUGAACUCUCUUUGAUGAAGCCACCUAAUCAUAGAAAAAUGGGAGAGACACAGACAUGGUUUGCCUAGUUUCUUGAGUAAUGUCGUGGGCAUUUUCUCUUUGUUUUGUGGCCAUUUUUGAAAAGGAAAGCAUUGUGGACUUUUUUGUGGGAACUAUCUCCGAUGAAUUUCUAUUUUAUAUUUCUUGAAGGAUGAUACCCCAAUUUUGUUAAUAUCAUCAGCCAAGUAAUAGAGGGACUGUUUAGCUGUAUUAUAUCAUAUUUUCUUUAUAUAAAAAUGUUUCUAUUUGCACGUACAUGAAUAGAAGAUAAUAUUAUUUCAUUUUUUGCA